GGAGAGUCCACCAUGCCUCGUUACACAGUGACCAUUGCCACGGGGAACCAGUGGUUCGCGGGGACAGAUGACUACGUCUACAUCACACUGGUGGGUACGGAACAAUGCAGCGAGAGGACACUGCUGGACAAAGCUCUGUACAACGACUUUGAGAGAGGGGCGGUGGACACGUAUGAUGUGAGAGUUGAAGAGGAGCUCGGUGAGAUUGUGCUGGUGAAGAUUGAGAAGAAAAAGUACUGGAUGAAUGACGACUGGUACUGCAAGUACAUCACUGUCAAGAUGCCGUCCGGAGAAUACGUGGAGUUUCCCUGCUUCCGCUGGCUGGUGGACGACAAGGAGGUGGUGCUGCGGGACGGACAAGCACGACUGCCUCAGGAUGAUAAGACCAGUCUGGUCAAACAACACAGACAAAAAGAGCUUGAUCUGAGGAGAAAAACCUACAGAUGGAAGGAGUGGCAGCCAGGUUUUCCAAUGAGCAUCGAUGCCAACAGACACAAGGAUUUGCCCCGGGACAUCCAGUUUGACAGUGAGAAGGGAGUGGAUUUUGUUCUGAACUAUGCUAAGGCAAUAGAGAAUUUGUGUGUGAACCAGUUCAUGCACAUGUUCCAGUCGUCCUGGACUGACUUUGUCGACUUUGAGAGGAUCUUUGUGAGAAUCAAAAACACAAUCUCAGAGUACGUGAUGAAACACUGGAAAGAGGACUUCAUGUUUGGAUACCAGUUUCUGAACGGCUGUAACCCAGUAGUGAUCCGAAAAUGCACCAAACUUCCCGACAAGUUUCCCGUCACUCAUGACAUGGUCGCCGUCAGCCUGGAGAGGGAACUGACUCUGGAGCAGGAAAUCGAGGCAGGAAACAUCUUCAUAGCGGACUAUGAGGUGUUAGACGGCAUCAGUGCCAACACCACAGACCCGUGCACGCUGCAGUACGUGGCUGCUCCCAUUUGUCUGCUCUACAAGAACGCUCGCAACAAGGUCCUACCCAUAGCCAUACAGCUUGGGCAAACUCCAGGUGAAGACACCCCAAUCUUCCUGCCCACUGAUGGUCAGAAUGACUGGCUGCUGGCUAAGAUCUGGGUCCGCUCUGCUGAUUUCCAGCACCACCAGACCAUCACACACCUGCUCAGGACACACCUGAUGACAGAGGUGUUUGCCAUUGCCAUGUUCAGGCAGCUCCCUGCUGUUCACCCCGUGUAUAAGCUGCUCAUUCCACACAUUCGUUUCACCAUCGCCAUUAACACCAAGGCCAGAGAUCAGCUCAUCAACGAGUGUGGCAUCUUUGACAAGGCAAAUGCAACAGGCGGAGGUGGCCAUGUCCAGCUGGUGCAGAAGAGCAUGAAGACUCUGACCUUCAGGUCUAUGUGCUUCCCUGAUAUGAUCAAGGCCCGAGGAGUGGACAACAAAGAGGAGCUGCCCACUUACUUCUUCAGAGACGAUGGACUCACUGUAUGGGAGGCCACCAAAAGUUUCGUCUCCGAUGUUGUACACAUUUAUUACGCCAGUGAUGAGACGGUGCAGGAAGACGAGGAAAUCCAGGCCUUCAUUAAAGACGUGUGCAGCUUUGGGAUGCAGGACUUCGAUCAAUGUGAGUUUCCCAAGUCUCUGAAAACACGUGCCGAACUGACCGAGUACCUCACAGUCGUCGUGUUCACGGCCUCAGCGCAACAUGCAGCUGUAAACUUUGGUCAGUACGACUGGUGUUCUUGGAUCCCUAAUGCGCCGUCUACCAUGCGGAAGCCGCCGCCCAACAAGAAGGGCCUGGCAGACGUGAACCUGAUCAUCGAGAGCCUCCCUGACCGCGGACGCUCCAGCUGGCACCUGGGUGCCGUUUGGGCCCUGAGCCAGUACCAGGAGAACGAGCUGUAUCUGGGCAUGUAUCCCGACGAGCACUUCAUUGAGAAGCCAGUGAAGGCGGCGAUGGAGAAGUUCAGGAAGAAGCUGGCAGAGAUCACCAGCUCCAUCAAGAGGAGGAACGAGGGAAAGAAGCUGCCGUACUACAACAUGUCGCCCGACAAGAUCCCUAACAGUGUCGCCGUGUGAGGAAAUAAAACUUGUACACUCGCUGAGAUUAUCAUGAUUUCUAUAUUUACAGAUAACACAAUGUCGUGCAAAUAUGCUGGAAUCAGCAUGUGAUUUGAACGUGUCUGUGUAUUUAAAUGCAUAUAUUCUUCAUAUUCUUAUAUUCUUCUUAUAUUAAAUUCUUGUACAUCUUGCAGAAAAACAGACAGGGCAUUAAAAGCAACUUAAUUUUUA